AAGCAAAUAAGCUUUAACAGCCAUUUGUAUACGACAGAAAGAAUGCAUACAGAUUCUUUUUAGUCAUACACCUUGUAGGAAUAGUUCUGUUUUUCCUUCAUGCUUGGGCUCCAAUAAAAGUAUUACUAAACACAAAAAAUUCGCUUCCAUUAGGAAGACGAGCAGCAGGAGGUAGAAGUACAUGCUUGCUUUUGACGUUUAUUCAUUUCAGCUUCAGGCACCAGUGGCUUAACUCGUGGACUUUUCAAUGUCCGAACCCAUGGGCCUGGUUGUCCUUCUCUUUUAUUUUGCUAAUCUAUCCACACCUAUGCAUCGAUUACAACGUGCGUUUUACUCGACAAGAUCUAUUCUACCCAACAAAACUAUAAAAUCGAUUCUAAAGAAUGAGACUAGUGAUGCACACGUUUCAGUCACUGGGUGGAUACGUUCUGUUCGAAAACAAAAACAGCUGAGCUUUGCUGUCAUCAAUGACGGUUCCAAUUUGAAAGGCAUACAGGCCAUCUUGAAUAAUGAAGAUGCUAAAGCAUUGACGACAGGAGCUUGUGUGGAGUUGAAAGGGUUGUUGAUAGAUAGCCCAGGUAGAGAACAGAGUAAAGAACUUCAAGUGAGCUCUGUCAAAGUGUUGGGAGAAUGCGAUGGUAUGUACCCUCUUCAAAAGAAACGCCAUUCGACUGAAUUUUUGAGAAGUAUUGGUCACCUAAGGAUGCGUGGUAAUACAGGCAGUGCAGUUUUACGCGUAAGAAAUGCAGCUGGCGAGGGGUUCCACAGUUUCUUCAGAGACCAAGAGUUUAUUUUAACCAAUACUCCCAUCUUGACUGCUCAUGACUGUGAAGGAGCUGGGGAGGUCUUCAAGGUUCAUGGAAGCGAAAAGUUUUUCAAGAGACCAGUCUAUUUGACUGUCUCUGGACAACUACAAGCAGAGACAGCGGCAUCUGCCAUGUCUCGAGUUUAUACGUUUGGACCGACCUUUAGAGCAGAGGAAUCGAUGACAUCGCGUCACUUGGCCGAGUUUUGGAUGCUGGAGGCUGAAAUGGCCUUUAUUGAUCGACUAGAUACCCUUCUGGAUGUAGCUGAAGCUAGUAUCCAGGAAUCAACCCGGUACGUCUUGGAGAACUGCUCAGAGGAUAUUGCGUUCUUCAACCAGUGGGUAGAUAAAUCAUUACUGGAAAGACUGCAAAAGAGCAUCGAUAAGCCAUUUAUCAGGAUGACCUAUACAGAAGCAAUAGAAGUACUACAAAAACACCAAGACAAGUUUACGUAUCCAACUACCUGGGGAUCCAGCUUACAAUCUGAACAUGAGAAAUACCUGGCAUCUGAGUACUGUCAGCAACCGGUUUUUAUAACGGAUUAUCCAACAGAGCAAAAGCCAUUCUACAUGAGAGCUAAUGAUGAUGGCAAGACAGUAGGUUGCUUUGACCUAUUAGUACCUGGCAUUGGUGAACUGAUAGGAGGAUCAUUACGUGAAGAAAGAUUGGGGUUAUUGGAAAAGAAGAUGCAGGAAGCUAAAUUAAAUCUGGAAGAGUAUCAAUGGUAUCUUGAUUUACGAAGAUACGGUAGCGCACCCCAUGGCGGAUAUGGUAUUGGAUUUGAACGAUUUAUGCUUUGGUUGACUGGGCUUGAUAAUGUUAGAGAAGUGAUACCAAUGCCCAGAUGGUUUCACCACUGCAAAUAUUAAAAUUUUCUGUUCAAUAUAAAAAAGUAUGAUGUAUAAAUGGAUUGGUUUUGGUUUAUUCAUUUCUACUUGACAUUAGUUGGGUACACUUUGUUGAGUAGCAGCGCCCGGUGCAUGACUCAAUACUUCAUCUAAGCUGACGUGUCGAGAUAGUUCAUUAAAUACCUAACAUAAAAGUGAGUUAUUGUUAUCUACAAGAUCAAGAGACUACAUACAGUUUCAUCUACAGGUAUA